AUGGGGAAAGCGAUGUUGCAAGACCCCUACGGGGGAAUCUGGUACUUUGCUUACGGCUCAAACCUACGGCUAUCUGUGCUAGAAAAUCGAGGCAUUAAGGCCUUGGAUAUCAAGGCAGUUGUUGUCCCCUCUCACUACCUGACUUUCGACAUCUUCGGUAUCCCGUACGCUGAGCCUUCGUUUGCGAGCGUCGCCCCUUUUGCACCAGACAAGAAAACGACGCUACGACUUGGAGACGAACAGGCUCCUCGUGACGUUCCUCCUGUCCAGGGUCUCGCCUAUUUUUUGAAUCCCAAGGAUUACCGCCAGCUGGUCAUCAGCGAAGGCGGCGGAGUCGCCUACGAUGAGGUCGAGGUCCAUGCCUCUAUCCUCGACGAGGACGGCAAACCGGACCCAAGCAGUAUUUUGAUCGCUCGAACUUUGCAAGCCAAGUACCCCUGGCGACCCAAUGGUGCGCCCAGUGCGCGCUACCUGGUAAGCUUAUUUAAGAAGAGAAAUAUAGCACAGUAUACUUACCCGAAGCAGGGUCUCAUCUCCACGGGAUGCAAACAGAAUAAGCCGCUCACGGCAUACAGCGCCUAUAUUGAUUCCUUACCGUCGUACGAGCCUCCCACAUCCUUCCGCGCGAAGAUGGGAGGUCUGCUUUUCCUGCUGUUUUGGCGCCCACCACUUCGUCUGCUGGUUCGACUGAUCAGGGUGCAUACCGACAGUGAUGGACACUGUCCGCAGUGGCUCGGUUGGAUUAUCUUGACCUUGUAUGGGCUGAUGUGGUCAUAUCAUGACAACAUCCACUCGAAAAUCUGGGGGCGAGGCGAUGGCCGGAAAUUACAUUUUGAAGAGACUACUGGGGGAGAAACUGCUAAAAUUGGGUUAGGCAAUAGGGUGUAG